UGCCUGAUAGCAUCCGGGAUUUGAUUUGAGCCACUUUGGAACAGCAGCGGCAAGCAGGGAAGACAAUCCUCCAUUUCAAGAUCCUCAUGAAAAAAUCCUUCUGUAGGAGUUGGUGGCAAGAUUGAUGCUCCCAGCGCCAGCCCAACCAUGUUGAAGGUAGAGCAAAUCUCCCCCAUGAAUACUUCAAAAGCCGAGAAAAAUUCGGCAAAAGAAGAAAUUCCACAGUCCUGAGUUACAAGGGUCCGGAUGUUGUUCACCCCAAGCCAAAUGCAGACGUGGGUGAAGCGCACUUGAGGAUCAAUCUUCAGGUCUCGAUAGACCAUUUCCUUCAACUCUGCCGCCAACAAGUGGCUAAAAUCAAACAUUGGCCUCUUAGAAGCCCGAUGCGUGACCACGUGUGUCACAAAGGCGUCCUCCUCCGCCAAAAGUCGCCAAUUAGUGAUCAACAAAUCUCCAGUAAAUAGAACAAUCGGCAUGUCAUCCUUGGGAAACCGCAACUUGACUUCUAGCAGGAAACUGGGAGAGCCGUGCUUCCAAUCCUGCACCAAACAACCUGGCAAGGGAAGAGGUACAGGUCCGAAUCUCUCCAGAUGCCUUGGCUGAACACCCAAUCACCAAGCCACGUUACGACGAUAAGUCACCGGAUCCUCCAGUUCAAAACCUUGAGCAGAGAAGAAUGCAGCCAAAUUUGCUAAAACAAACAGGAAAUAAAGAAAACCACCCGAUCAUCUUCCGAAACUUUGCAUGGGAGACAGGAAGAGACUCACCAUCCGUCAAACCACCAUAGAGAGGUUGAAAAACGGAUGGCUGCUCUGGUUGUUCCUCGAAACCGUCCGCUAGUUCGUCAUGUACAACCUCUUGCCUCGGCUGAGACCAACCACUGUUGAUGGAAGACCUCUCGGGAUCCAAACGACAAUUGGAAGAUACCUCUCCCCCUGCCGGCUGAAGCUCAAAACCGCCGGACAAUGAUGAUUCAGGUCCAACAGCGCGGCCAACAUCUUGAGACGCCCCUUGACUCAGCUCACGAGACGCAGCCAACAGCGGUUGACAAUCCACUUCGCAGAUUCAAAAUUUGGAUUCGAAACGCCUUCGAAGAUCCUCCUUAGAUCCAAGCUUGAGGCGAAUCAGACGCUGAACGUUGAAUCUAUGUGUUCAUACAAAUUGAUAAGAUUAAUUUUUUUUUUUUUUUAAUUUCGAACGCAUUCCCCGCCAUAAAAGCAUUUCUCUGCUUUAUAGAUUCAAGAAAUGAAGCAUUUCACGCAUACAAAUUUCGGAACCUUUUCAAACUUGAUUUCAUCACUUCCACAAUUUUUAAUGCACAUAAUUGAUUGCGUCUGGCAAUUGAUCAGAAAUACGACUGGAGAAGGCUUGUUUUCUUUUUGAAUAACAUAUGAAUUAUUUUUAAUGAAUUAUUAAUCUGUACUGAAGCCUUGCAAUAAAUUGUAAAACACUGUAUUAUCUAACCUGAAAAGACUGCUGUGUGAAAAAAUUGAGGUUAUGAGACAGUCGGUGCUUUUUUCCCGUGAUCAAUGUUACCUAAACUUGAUGGGCAGUAAAUUUGACGAAGUAGUGAAAAGCGGGAAGUUAUGCAUAGUCUUCUAAUUUGAUCUGCUGAUCUAAAAUUCUCCUUCCUCUCUGAAAUGAGGGACAGAUCGUAGAAACUUAGCACUCCGUCUUUCUACGUCUGCAAAAAUCAAAGGAAUGAGAUUGGAGUUCAACUUCAGAAUACUUCUUCCGGUUUACUUCGCAAGUUUUUCAGUGAAGUUCUGUUCGUUGCCUUGGACAUGCGGUAGCUUAUGGCCUAAUCUAUAGAAGGUUCCGGCUGAAGUGCAGGUAAUAACUUUUUUCAUUCUACCGAGUUUUGUUUUGAAUGUGUUUAUCCGUGCCGUAUUCGGAGUGUUUCGACUUCGUCUAGUCUGUGCUGUCACGCAUGUUCCAGUAUCAGAAUUGUCCUCAGUUUUAUCCUUUCAGGGAUGCUUGGUGAGUUCUAAGCGUCGAAAUAUCUUUCAGCAAAGUUUACAAGAAUUCAUCGUUGUUAGAAUUUAAGGUGUCGUAUUUUUUUGGUUCAUUGCCUUGAGAUUAUUCUCAUAAUUUAAUUUUCAGUCUCAUUCGAUGAUAAUUUUGUGAGGCAACUUAAAAAUACUUGAAGUUGUUGUGUAUCCUCCUUUCAGUGUUUGGUAUUUUUGAUGGAAGUAAUUUGAAAUUCCUAACUUUAUUUCUUCUAUCUUUUGACCGAAGAUUGAAAAAGAUCGUGCAAUCGAUACUGCUGUCUAAAUUAUGACACUGAUGAAAGGUCUUGAAGUCCUGCCGUUCAAUUGAUCAAUAUGUGAAGCAUCUCUUAAAUUCGCGAAAAUAUUUUCUGCCAUCAUUGAGUUCAGAAGCAUAAAUUGCACUAAAAUGGGGAAAACGACAAUUCGAAGUUCAAAGUUGAGAAAGCAUCGAACAAUCUUUUUCACCUUGCGUCCCCUUGACGUGGUUAUAAUUUUUCUUGACAAAUUAAAUUCACUAAGAAAAUCGAGGUUUUUCCAUUCGUCAAUGCAAGUAUUUUUGGCUUGAUGAGAAACAGUUCUGUGCUUGCAGUUGCCAAUCCUGUGAACUUUUUGAUCCACCCUUUGAUACAGUACACUGUUUCAGGCUUAUUUGGAGUCACUUCGCAAUUACUCUCGAAUUUGUGAGGUUAAUUGAUGCUAUCAUGAUUUAUUUUCCCCGAGGUCUAAUUUUUCUGGACCAUCACCUGAGCUUCAGAUCUCCGGUCAACAUCGCCGUUUGUUGAGCCAAAGAUUCACAUCGUAUUCAAGUGCCAAUGGCGUGAUUUUGUAUAGAGAAUACGAUUUGCGAAUGAGGAGUUGGAAGCGAUUAUACGGAACUCCGUACAAACGAUCAGCCAAGGAUAGUAGAAAGAAAUUCCGCCCGAGAUGUUCAGGAAUUUUUUGUGCAUGUUACAAUUUUGGUUUGUGUGACGACAAUGAUGGCGUUUACAANGUUUCUACGAGUCCAUGGGAGAAAGUAGUCAUUAGGGGUAGAGGAUUGUCGGUGUUGACGGGAGUUGUUGGCAAACAAAAUGGCUAUGUCAGGACACUCAUGUUUUCUCCAGAAUUUGACCAAAACAAUGUCAAUGGAAACAGCACACUUGAUGGCAUUCAAGGUGUGUGUCUCGCUUUGACUUUAAAUUAUGAGUUUAUUUAUAUGUGCGUACAAUAUACUGUAGCAAUGCUGUUUUACUUUUUUAGCUUUCGUUUAUAAUUAUUCUAAAAUCUCAAUAAUGUGGGAUUCUUCGACAGGACCGUCUCGAAUGGAGGGAAAAUAUCUUGUUUACUCGCGUCACAUUUUAGAUUUUAUUCAACGUCACUUCAGUUUUAUUACGUUUCCUUAAGAUUUUCAUUAUUAUUUAAUUAAUUUUUUAUGUGUGAGAACGAUGCUGUAAAGAAGCAAAUUCAGUCGAUACGUCUGCCUGGUGGUAGGAAUUUUCUAAACCCGUUCGAGAUUCUCGAUUAAAUUUGCUCACUUUUUUACGUUGUCAUUUUCGAAGCCUGCUUCGUAAUUAUCAGUCCAUCUCGGCUAGCAACAAAAUCAUCUCUUCUGAGCAAUAUUUAAUUGUGAAGCAGGUCGGAAAGUCUUGCAAAAUUGAGAAUUAAAAAAAAUAUGUCUCGAAUUUUUUGAAUAUUGUAUCUGGGUGCUUUUUUUGGCCUUCGUCAAAAUUCAGGUAACUACUGUAUACGAACGUUAUUAUCGUGUGUCAGCCACUGUCAGGUGAAUUGUUUUUCUUCGCAAUUGAAUCUCUGUCUUCCCAUUUUUCAACCUAUGUGAGCAGUAGUUGGAACAUUUUUCAUGAAAUUAUUCAAUGUGAUCAUCUUUCAAAUGAAAGCCAUCGACGAAAUUCGAACAUAGGAACUUUUGAAAAAAAAUUAAACCUCUUGAACAUCGAUUAUAAGCAUUCGAAGACUGCGCUCAGAUCAAUUAGUGUCGAGACUCGAUUUUGAAGAACUAUCAGCAACACGUGUUACUUCCUGUAUGCAUUGUAUUACGCUUUCACGUUCAACUGAUUGCGACAUAUAAAAAAAAAAUGUUGCAUUGUUCAAUGCAAAAAAUAUAUGCAAGAGAGCAGAGCGUGUACACUGAUUGCGGUGGCACUCGCUUGUCGGAUAAUUGAGCAGCAUGUGAUGGUUAAAGACGUGUGGUCUCUGAGCAACAACAUGGCUACCUUGGAAGCAUUAUUUUUGGCAAUGAUCGAUGGGAACGCUUUGCACAGAAGGUUGCAUCAACAGCGGUUACUUCCGCUUGACCACACACUGAGCAUACCUAGUGCGAUCUCUGCGAUUUCCUUGGAGCGACCUCUCGUCACAGAAAGGUUUUUUGCUCAAAUUCUGGACUUGGAAAUCGAUGCCUCCCAAAAAUUACAAGAUGCUUUAGAACACUGUUUGACAUGGUUUCAAAACCAAUUUCCACUUCCUCAUCGGCCAAACAACCUUGGUAUGAUUUGGAUAGUGGAUAAAAGAUCGAUGUUGCUGCUUUAUCAAACGUUUACCGGGAUGGUGACGCUGUUUGAUUCGCACCGCCACUCUUCCUGGGGUGCGGCAAUUGCGCAAGUACCUGUGUGCCGCUUGCCUGAAUUGUGCGAUUGGUACUGCGAGCAAGCCCUACUAUUUUUUGGAAGUAGACCAUCGUUGUCUGAAAUCAGUUGCGUGGUCUCCGUGGAAGACUUCAAUUAUUCAGAUUGUGCUUAUUUGUUGGAUGAGAAAUUGCUUGGGAAAUCUGCUGCACGAUUGGGCAAGCUGUGCGACAGUUUCUUGGUUCAUGAAGGUCAGACUAUGAAAAGGAGGAGGAGAACGCGAAGCGCCAAUUUUUAGGAAUAAUUAAAUUCAUUCUUUUAUGAAUUAUCGAACGGG